UGAGUAGGUUGCAAUGGGGACAGAUUGCAUGUGCGUGUCGCCAGCCAUUGUGUGUGUGUAGUCUCUCCUGGCUGUUUUAGGAAAUCAUGAAUUAUUGUUAAGUAACAGGCGUUUAGGGAGUGUAUUAUUGGUGCGUUUCAUCAUAGGAUAUUUAUUGGCUGUCUCCGGAUCAGAGUUUAUAUGAGCCGAGUUUAUGCUUUUGCUUCAGUAUAUGUAACCGGAUUUGAUGUUUUCCGGGUUUCUAAUAAGGGAAAAAGAUGGAGAUCAGUGCCAGAAAUUCAAAGAUGUCAUCUGAUAAGAGAGACUGUGCUUUGAAACCCUUAGAUCUCAAAGUGACUGGCGAGAAGAGCGAGGAAUCAGAGCCGCAGAGACCCACAUGGAGCAGCCGGCUGGAGUUCAUCCUUGCAUCGGUGGGGUACGCGGUGGGACUGGGCAAUGUCUGGAGGUUUCCCUACCUGUGCUACAGCAGCGGUGGAGGUGCAUUCAUGAUCCCUUAUUUUACCAUGGUGAUCCUGUGUGGCAUUCCUCUGCUCUUCAUGGAAUUUGCUAUCGGCCAGUACACUCGUUUAGGGCCUGUGCAUGCACUUGCCAAAAUCUGUCCCUUGUUAAAAGGUGUUGGUCUGGCCACAGUUGUUAUCUCCUUUGUGUUCUCCACAUACUACAACGUGCUCAUGAGCUGGGCAUUUUACUAUUUGUACAACUCAUUUGGAGCGAGUCUACCCUGGAUGUCCUGCAACAAUACCUGGAAUGCUGUCGGAAACUGUUCCAGCGGUUUUCCAGGCAACAACACCCACCUGCAGUCUGCCAGCCAACAGUUCUUCGAUCACAGACUUCUGGAGAAAAGCAGUGGCAUUGAAGAAGCUGGUGGCCUUCGCUGGGAACUCUUUGGCUUUCUCAUUUUAUCCUGGGUCAUCGUGUAUUUAUGCAUAUUUAAAGGAGUCAAAUCCACUGGCAAGGUUGUGUAUUUCACUGCUAUAUUUCCGUACUUCAUCCUGUUUGCCCUGCUCAUUAAUAACGUGCAGCUCCCCGGAGCCAAGAAUGGCAUCUUGUACUUUGUGACACCUGUCUGGAGCAAACUGUUUGAAGUGAAGGUUUGGGUUAAUGCAGCCGCCCAGGUAUUUAACUCUAUUGGAAUAGCAUUUGGCUCCAUGAUUUCGAUGGCUAGCUACAACAAGUUCAACAACAACAUUCUCAGGGAUGCUUUAAUUGUCUCAGUUACCAACUCAUUCACCAGUAUCCUGGCUGGCUUUGUGAUCUUCUCAGCUAUUGGUUACAUGGCUCAUAUUCAUAACCUCCCAGUGGACAACAUAGCCACAGAUGGUCCUGGUUUGGUGUUUGUUGUGUACCCUGAAGUUCUCUCCACCAUGCCCGUCUUUCAGAUGUGGGCCCCUCUGUUCUUCUUUAUGCUGCUGUGUCUGGGCCUGGACAGCCAGUUUGCCACAGUUGAGGUCGCCAUAACGUUCAUAAAAGACGAGUUUGGUCGUGAAGUUCUGCGCUUCCUAAAGAGAGAAGAGCUGCUGACCCUGGUUGUGUGCUUCCUUUGCUUUCUCCUGGGGCUUCCUCAUGUUACCAAGGGAGGUAUCUAUAUAUUUCAGCUGAUGGACCACUACACUGCUGUGGUUUCUCUCAUCAUCCUGGCUUUCUUUGAAGUUGUAGCUGUCUGCUGGAUCUUUGGAGUCCCAAGAAUCUCCUUAAUGGUCAAGAGGAUGCAAGGAAAAACUCCAAGCAUCUACUUUCGUCUCUGUUGGCUGCUGCUCUGUCCUAUAUUGGUGCUGUGUAUAAUGAUCUCCAGCAUCAUCCAGUACACUCCUGCUAAGUAUGGGAAGUACACUUACCCGUUGUGGGCUGAAUGGGUUGGCUGGUUCGUCUCACUGGUCUCCAUAGUGUGGAUCCCUCUUGGAGCUAUUCAUGAGCUCUACAACAACAAAGGCUCAUUUCUUCAGAGACUUAAAACAGCCAUGACCCCCACAAUAGAUCUGGAUGCUGAGGAUUCCCUGCCGGAAAAACAAAACCUUGACAACCCGGCGUCUGAAGCAUUAUUUACUUCAGUGAUAUGACCAGAAAUAUAGUUAAAUCCAUGUCUGUGCAUCUGUACAUACCAAACGCUCACUUUUCUAUACUAUUUGUUCCACCAAAGGAUGGACCCAUAGCCCAUAGUGCAUUUGUGGUAAACAUAGCCACUUAUUUUUUUAUGAAAAUAUGAGAUUCUGACAAAUGACUGAAGGUUAAUUUAAUUUAGAUAUGAGUGACCAUGCAGGUGCUCAUUCCAACCAAAGAUAUAAAUAUAAAUGAUUAUUUCCUCUCCUUUUUGUUGAUUAAUCAGUAAAAAUGCAGUGACGUUUUCUCUUACAAUGUGUGAUAAUGUUGUGUGGUCUAGAGUAUAUCACUUAUUAAUUUAUUAACUAUUUAGUUUAAUACAUCUGUAGACUUUUGUAUUCUCAGUCAAAUACAUCACAGAGGGGCUCCACAUGCAGCAGGUAAAUGCACCCUUCCUUGUGGUUAUCUUUGUGGACCAACCCAUGAUAUACUGUGCCAUUCUUUUGUUUAAUGUAGCGUUCAGGCAAUCCUCAUCUGCUCGUGGAGCUGAAAAACAUCAAAUAACCUCAUUGUGUUCACGAGGUAUUUUGAUCAUUACCUGGCAUAGAAUAAAAAAAUGCACCACAAUGUGUAAAUAAUAGAGGUGAGAUAAAACCUAUGCACUGUUUGUUCUUGAUAGCAGCCUGUGUGUGUUCUUAAUCCCAAGAUAUAAUAGAAAAAGAGAAGUUUGCUCUGUUUGAUUGGUCAGCCGAAACGUCUGAGCUAUUUAAACUAAAGUGUUAUGAAACUUGUUUCUGGCACAUCAUUCACCAUUCGAGGGCACAAAAUUUAGAGAUGUUUGACUUCAGGAUUGACGUGGACUGCCUGAAUGCGUCAUUAGUUUUGACCUCCGAGAUGCUAGACAGACAUUUUCUUGACCCCUUUCAGAGGAGGCAGACUCUGAACUUAGACACAACUUGUGACGGAGAAAGACGAAAAGGGAGAUGCAGACAAUGACAUAAACGUUUAUCAUGUGAUUUCCAUUACUUUACUAAGUGCUUGAACACAACACCAACAACCUUGGAUUAAAAAACAAAACAAAAACAUUUAAAGACACCUAAGCAGAAGUGCUGAAAUGAACAAAGCACAUUUUUAUUUGAAUUUACUAACUGAAAUGUUUUACAUGUACUGUACUUCAAUUUGUGGAUUUCUCUUUUCAAAUGCACUGUGCUAAGAUUUCACAUUUUUCUUUGUAGGUUGAGGAAUUAGUUAAUAUUAUUUUUAAUAUUUUUUUCUUUUUAACUAUAUUCUAGCAGGCAACUCACAAGAGUUUUAGAGAUUAUAAGUAGUGCCUUUCAUCUGCAUCUAUAAGCUAAAUUGGGCUAAUGAGGGCAGAUAAUCUUCAGGAGGGCAACAAUUAUCUGGUAACUCUCCAUUCUGAGUCUCUUAUUCCGUUGGCCCAAAACAUGCAGUUAAUCACUGACUGUUUUUAUCUUUUUAACAGAGACCAAAAUGUUCACUAUAGUGGAAACAUUUAUUUUAACUUUUGUACAAUAGUGUUGAGUAAUGUUUUGUAAAGGUUAAUCUUCUGUCUCUGAGAGCAGGACGAGUUGGUUUAAACUCGUAGCACAGGGUUCAGUCAGUGCUGGGACUGUAAAAGCUUUGGGUUAAUGUAUUAUGUAGACAAUCUACCUCAACUGGAAAUGACCAGAGGAGAGAGUACACAAUCUCAUACACUCGAAUUGAGUCAAAUGUCAGGCCCCACAGUGCAUUAUUGGCCUUUUCUGUCUUACUAGAAACCAACCAAACCCUCAUUUAUGAGUGCCUUUUAUCCAAAGUACUGAACACAUGAUCUGAAUUAUAAAUAUAUGAUUUAAAAAUUAUGCAAGAAACCACUGAAGAUGCAUUUUGCACAUGCAUUUUGCACCUUAUCAUUCAAUUAAAGGUAAAAAUGCAGUCACUCCAGUUAUGUAUGUGUUUUCAAUACCUGUGCAAGAAACUAACCUGUAGAAAAUAAUGAAUCUGGGGCUUAAAUAUUCAUUAAUGUUACCUGCCUUAAGUGCCUCAUGAUUUCAUAUUGUUAUUAUUUAGAUAAUCUAUAUUUAAUUACUCAACCUUGAACUUGAUGUUCCAUACUAUACAUGUUGUUGUAAGCAGCAUUGUUUUACAAGUUUAAAAGAUGAUUUAGAAUCACUUUUACAACAUAAUAGGUCAAAGUUUACUCUCUUUUUUUUGUAUUUGGACUAAAAUUCAAAUCGUAAUGGGUUAUUAAUGUAAUUAUGCUUUUAAAUAAUUGUGUUUAGAAAUGUUCAAAGUCAGGAUUAUUUGAAAAACAGGAGGUGGGCAAACAUGAUGUGCUGAGUACUUGGUUUUCAUCUCAACCAAACAAACGUUAUUGAUCAGCUGCUGCAGUUUGCGGCUGAAUGAAAACCUGCUCCAUGUAAACGGAAAUGCCUCUCCCUCAUUGCAGAUAUCUUCUCAUACUCUCACAAAGCACACAUCACAGUGCUCUGAUGUCUCACAUUCACACACACAAUAACCAUGAACUUUAUACAAAAUAACUAUAUAUUUGUAAGUGAGCAAGAAUAAAACAUUUUAUUUUUCAUCUUUCAUGUUCUCUUUAACGUAUGUUGAUUUUUCAUAUUAAUGACUGUA